UUUUUGUAACAAUGAUCAUCAUCAAUGGUCAUCAUCAUCAAUGGUCAUCAUCAUCAUCAUCCAUUGAAACCCAAGUGUGAUCACGAAAUACACGUGGAACGCGUCCAACCGAAUCCACAGAUGAACACUGCUCGAGAUUCCAUUGCCAAGAAUCUGAAAAAAAAAAGGAAUAGAGAGAAGAAGUCACGACCGGAAACAAUGGCGGAAGGAGGAACGAACUUGGAAUACACACCGACGUGGGUUGUCGCCGUGGUCUGCUCAGUCAUUGUCGCCAUAUCUUUCGCCGUCGAGCGUAUCCUCCACCAAGCCGGAAAAAGAUUCCAGAGGAAGAACCAGAAGCAGCUUUUCGGGGCACUGCAGAAAAUCAAAGAAGAGCUUAUGCUUCUGGGUUUCAUAUCGCUGCUGCUGUCAGUGUUCCAAGGGAAGAUUGAGAAGAUUUGCAUCUCGAAGGAACUAAGUACGAAGUUCUUGCCUUGCAAGAAACCCAAAGACGACAACUCCCUCAAAGACGCGUCCCAUUUUCAGACCCUUUUCCUCUCUCAAGCUUCCCAUCUCACCGGCCGUCAUCUCCUCGCCGGAGAUUCCGCCGCCGCCGGCUACUGCUCCGCCAAGGGCAAGGCUCCAUUAAUGACACUUUCAGCUGUGCACGAACUUCAUAUAUUCAUCUUCGUGUUAGCUGUCUCGCACGUUGUCUUCUCCCUCUUGACCAUUCUUUUCGGAACUAUGAAAAUAAUGCAAUGGAAAAAAUGGGAAGAUGAAGCUGCACAAAAGGAGUAUGACGCCGAUGAAGUUAUGCAGAACAAAAUAACUGCGGUCCAAGAUCACGAUUUCAUAAAGAGCCGUUUUCUCGGUGUUGGAAAAGCUGAUGCUUGCUUAGGUUGGCUGCAUUCUUUUUUCAAGCAGUUUUUCGGGUCGGUGGUCAGAUCGGAUUAUAUCACACUAAGGCUAGGCUUCAUUACGAAUCACUGCAAGAGUAACCCGAAAUUCAAUUUCCACAAGUAUUUGUUACGUGCCCUUGAAUCCGAUUUCAAGAAAGUCGUCGGUAUAAGCUGGUACCUUUGGGUAUUCGUAGUCAUCUUCUUGCUUCUGAACGUUGCUGCUUGGCAUAUCUACUUCUGGCUUGCCUUCAUUCCUUUGAUACUCUUACUUGCUGUCGGAACCAAGUUGGAACACAUCAUUACAGAAUUGGCUCAUAGAGUUGCAGAGAAACACGUGGCAGUGGAGGGAGAGUUAGUGGUCAGACCAUCUGACGAUCUCUUCUGGUUCGGAAGUCCUCGUCUCGUUCUCUUCUUGAUUCAUUUCAUACUCUUCCAAAACUCCUUUGAGUUGGCCUUCUUCUUCUUUAUAUUGCUUCAAUUUGGCUGGGAUUCUUGCAUCAUGGGACAAGUCAAGUUCAUUAUUCCUAGACUCGUGAUCGGUGUGAUGGUUCAGCUUCUCUGCAGUUACAGUACCUUACCACUCUACGCUCUUGUCACGCAGAUGGGAAGUUCGUUCAAGGCAGCGAUAUUCAACGAGCAGACACAGCAACAGCUUGUAGGGUGGGCAAAAAUGGCGAAAAGGGGAGUGAAGAAAGGAUCAACUCAUGCAAGCUCCAGCCAUGGAGUUGAAACCACUCCUUCUCCAAGGUCUGUGCAGCUUCAGGCGUUAAUGGAGAACAGUUCUUCUAGUUCUCAACAGAGUGAGACUCAGAAACGUGGGAGAGCAUCUGAGAUUGUCCCUGAAAACUAAGGAAUGAAACAGGACACUACUUCCAGAUCAAGAUCAACCCCUUGUAACAUAUCUCUAGUCUUCUACAAGUUUUUUUUUUUGGUUGAAAUUGAAUCUCAGUGUGGGUUCUUUUCUUUUCUUUUCUUUUUGGUUAAUGUAAGUUUGCUUCAGCCAUGGAGGUGAAAACAGGCUUUUGUUCUUAGUAAAAUCACAAAAAAGGAAUUAACAAAUAAUAUAA